CUCCCUUAUACACACACACACAUUUGUGCGUGGUGGCUGUCGGACAGGCUGCUAGACUCCCCAGCAGAGGCUGCAGGACGAAGCACCCCAACACCUACCACCACCGCCCCCAAGCUAAUUCCAUUAUACAUUCCCGACUGGAAGGAAGAGGGGCUGUCUUCUAAUUGCUUUCUUAUCCCCCUGAGUCCCUCCUCCUCCUCCUCUCUCCUCCACCACCAUCAUCUUCCUCCCCCCCUGCCCUCCUUUCAGCCCGCCCCUCGCCCUGCGUGCACUCAACAUGGCAGCAGACAAGCAGAGGAGGGAGGUGAGCUAGAGAGCAGGAGAGAGAGAGAGAGAGAGAGAGAGAGAGAGAGAGAGAGAGAGGCAGGCAGACAGGCAGGCUGCCGCUAUCAGGGAAUACUGGUGCCAUUUUCAGCAUCGCAGGGUAAAAGGAUUGAGCCUUGCCGCUGUACGCUCGGCUUGCCUCGGCUCAGCUCCGCUCGCCUCGGCUCAGAAUAGCUGAACAAGAGGGGGAUUGGAAGGACAAAAAAAGGAGGAGAGAACGGCUGACCCCUAACACAGAACCCCUAACCCCCCUUCCCCCUUUCCCAUCUCACCUCACCUCCCCCUCCCUGCUCUGGCUAUAGAAGGAGAGUUAUGCAGUCCUUCCGUGAGCGCAGCGGUGGUUACCACAGCAACCAACCCUGCUACCAGCAGGAGCCCCAUGAAUUAUCCCGACUGGAGACCUAUCGCCAACACCCGCAUCAUCCCCACCCCCAGCACCCGCACCCAGGCCCCGGUCCACAUCCAGGCCCAGGCCCAGGCUCAGGGCACACCAGGUCAGGCUAUGAGGCUCAUUCACUGGCGAACCCCACAAGCAUGCCUCCAGCUGGAGGACCAGGAACUGGGGGAGUACCCAAGGACUGUUACAGCCAGCAAGCCUACCCUGGUUACCCAGGCAAUGGUGGAGGAAAUGGGAGUGGAAAUGGGGGCUCAGCACCCUCACAGGCAAAGAAAUCCUACAGAGGAGGCAAAGUGCCCCCACCAAACCCCAGUCAGCACCUACAGGGUCCUGGGGGCUAUAGUAACCACAUGGGCCCUGGGAAUUACUCAGCCCAGUAUAUGAGCGAGGGCCAUCUCCAGCAGAAAUGGGAGGACCCAGCCCAGUUAGCACAGUAUGACCAGGAGAUGGUGGGGCGUAUGGAGGCUGGUGGUACCCCUGCACCUGGCUCCUCUCAGUACAUGGACCAGAACAUGCUGGGCCACUCCCAGACCCAGUGCCACCAGCCCUCCACCCCUGCCUAUACCAGCCCUCAUCACCAGCCCCACCCUCCUAACCCUGCCCCCUCCCCUCUCAUGUACCCCCAGAGUCACCUGCACUACCCCCAGCACUCACCCUCCCCUUCACCGUACAUGGAAAAGUGCAGCCCUAUGCCUCACUGUUAUAAAGGUUACAACAUGCCCCCCAAUUCCCAGUAUAGCAGACAAAUGAGCAGCCACAGCAAUCUGAAGCAGGGGGGUUACAGAUCGACCCAGAACAGUUACGGCUACCAGCAGCCUCCCUCCAGAGGUUAUGAGCAGCAGCCCCCUUUACAGGCCAUGACCAACCCCCAGGAGCCCCACCCUAAAUACCAACACUACAGCCAACCCCAACAAAAUUACUGUCUCUCAGAGCUGUCUGUCAGAUCACCAGAACAGUAUUAUCAGACUUGUAGCCCCUCCUCAAGCCACUCCCCUGCACGCUCUGUAGGGCGCUCCCCCUCGUACAGCUCCACCCCUUCACCAUUAAUGACCAAUCCAGAGUCGUUCCAGUAUGGCCAACCUCCCAUGACCCCUGGGGCAGCCUCCUCUUCUUCAUCCUCUUCAGCUGGUAUGCAGGAGCAAGCCAGUACCAACACCAUGUUAAUGCCACCACGCUCACACCCCUCACCCAAUGUGCCCCACGCAGCACCCCACAGCUAUACUACCACACCGCAGGUCCCCACCAUGAAAGAACGCUUCUCAGAGAAGCUGUUGUCAAACCCCAGCUUGUGGAGCCUGAAUGCCCUCACCUCUCAGGUAGAGAACAUCUCUAAUAAUGUCCAGCAGCUACUGCUUUCAGAGGCCCUGGUGGCCAACAAGAAAGGCAGUAAGCGCAACAGUGGAGGGAGCAACAGCAGUGCUGGAAGUGGAGCAUCCUCCAAAAAGGGUGAGGAGUACAAAAGUCCUCCAUAUUCAGAUGGUGGUGGUGUUAGUGUUGGUGGAGGCCCCAUGCAGGACCCUUACUCUACCCCACAGCAUCAGCCAAUGCCCAUGGAACUCCAUGAGGGAGGCUACUCCAGCAGUAGUGAUGAACAACUGGAGAGGGGCUACUACUACUGUGGCCAGGGCAGAAGUCCAGCACAGGCCCCCAAUAACACACAACUCAGCUUGGACACAGCAUCUUCAUGCUCCAUGACAUCUCCAGAUGAUAUGUCUACCAGGUCUGGGGACUCAGGUCUGCACAACCUUACCCCUGACCCUACUAGAUGUCAGUCAGGGCAGGUAGGAGAUGGCAUGAGUACUCCAGUUAAAAGCAUUGGUGAUGAGAGGUCUCCAACAAGCAUUACAAUCCCGAGUCCCAUGAAACAAGAAAGGGACUCCCCUUCAGAUAUACAGCAUAUCAAUGAGCCUGUCAAAGAGAACUUUGAAGAAUCAGCCUGGACAGAGAAAUCAGCUGACAAAGAGGACGUGACAACAGAAAAAAACCCUGACCAUGAGAGAGAUUCAGACUCAACUAAAUCUACAGAGAAUCUGGAGAAAUGGUCAGAUGAAGAGAAAUGCCCAGCUCUCUACAGCAAAGUAAACAAAGGGGUGACAGAAAAAAGCUAUUGCUAUAAGGAGACAGUGUACCAAGGGGUUCAGAGCAAAUAUGACCCUGAUGUGAGAGACUCAGUUGAACAGUCUCCAGCAGCUCUCUCUGACUCCAGCCACAAGGAACACUUUGGCCAAGAGAUGAAAUCAGAGCCAUUCAAAUCUGAGUCCCCAACUGCUUCUGAGAGCUCAGUGAAAACAUUGCCUUUCAUUUCUAGGGGUGACCUUGAACAUGAUCAAUAUUCCACAGAAAAGGAGGACAGCUCAGAAAACACCUCUCCAACCCCCCAAGUUGAAGCCUUGGACGAGAGCAACUCAGACAAGAGAGAGAACAGAGAUGAGGAUGAUGAAGAGGAGAAGGGGGAAGGAGAGGUUGAGGCCUAUGAAGAGGAAGAAGAUGAAAUACAGAAACAAAAGCAACAUUCUCUUUCCCCUCCUCUGUCUACAGAGGUUAGGGAGGAACUGGGGGAGGGGGAGAAAGUCAGCCAGUCAUCAGCAGAGGAGCACAUGAAUAAUAGAGAUGGGCCAGAGAAGCCUCCUGGAGAUCUCUGCAGCAGGACAGAGAGUCAGAGUACUGAGUUCCAUACUGACAAUGAGUCUGCAGGGGCGCCUGUCCAUCCAAAUGCAGCAGCAGCAACAGCAGAUGCUUCUGCAAGGGAAUCAGCGAUUGGUGACACUGCUCCUCAGCCUCACUCUGCUAUGCCAGUCUUCUCAGCUCUCAAUGACAAGGCAACACCUCCAGCUCAGGCCAGGGAUCAUAUUGAUCACAGUGAUGCUAAAGUGCUGGAGCCAGACUCUCCUCAGCUGCCAGGGAAGUCAAUACUUCCCUCAGCCCCCUCCUGGGCAGACACUCCACCCUCCCCCAAAAAAGGUGAUGAGGACAUGGAGCCGGGCAUCAGCUGUGCCAGUGCUGUGACCCCCUUGGCCAAGCCAGAGCCUGUGGCUCCAUCUGCUCAGCCAAGGGCAUUUGGACGUAAACAUGCCAGGGGCAGAAGAAGAAUCAUGCAUUCAGGUGUGGGAAUCAGGCGACAGCUAAGCUUGGAGAGGGAGGGGGGAAAGGAAGAGGAAGGAGCCCCCUCACUUGCACAGAAACCCUGCAUGCCUCCAAGCAAAACUGUGUUAUUCUCAGAUCAAAUGGACCUAGCUCAUCAGGAAUCUAUUGUGAGCCACACUCCUAAAAUGCUAACUGAUGGUUUUCGUUCGAGAAUGUGCACUCGUUCAUUCAAUGCACCAGACUUGCCACCCAAAGUUGAGCCUCAUGUGAAGAGAAAACCAGGCCCAAAACCAGGUUCAAAGCCUGGGCUUAAACCAGGGCCAAAACCUGGACUAAAACCAGGGCCAAAGCCAGGAUCAAAACCAGGUCCAAAACCAGGGCCUAAACCUGGCCUAAAACCUGGACCAAAGCCUGGGCCAAAACCUGGACCUAAACCAGGAUCUAAACCAGGACCAAAACCUGUGCUAAAUGAACCAGAGCUGCCAGCGAAAAUUGAGACUCCUGUGAAACGAAAACCAGGACCCAAACCAGGUUCAAAACCUGGGCCCAAACCUGGGUCAAAACCUGGCCCAAAACCAGCUCUAAAACCAGGUCCAAAACCAGGACCUAAGCCUGGAACCAAACCUGCAGAUGUUUUGCCCCCCACCGACACUGCACCCAUCAAGGCACCAGUGGGUCGCCCCAAAGGCUCAGUUUCUAAAGCAAAGCUGGUACAACAAGUUUCUUCUUCCCUUCAAUCUUUGACAGGACUGCAAAGCAGGGGCAGGGGCAAGGGCAGCCUAAAAGCUACAAUAUCACAAGUAAACCAGGAUGUAAAACCAGUAAACCAGGAAGAAAAACCAUCAAACCAUGAGGCAAAGGCACCAGAGAAGGAGGGUAAGAACAUGGUCUUGAGAUCCAGAAAGCCCUCGCAAGAAAAACUGUCAAAAGAAAAAGAAAAAGUCAUAGGGGAAGAUAUUCUACCCCAGACACUAACAGAAAUUAAAGCCAGUGAUGUUUCUCCAAAAGUAGAGGAGGCUGUUACUGUGGAACAAACUCUAACUCCCAUUCCUAAUGCAGUCAAAAACACAGAUGUCCCAGCAGACCCACCUGCACCACUUGCCCCACCAGUCCCAACUGAACAAUCUGAAGAAAAGACAUCACUUCCACUAAAACGGAAACCUAGCCCAGAACUUUCUUCAAUGGCAGUAAAGAAAAAAAGGGGUCCAAAGCCCAAGCCAAAACCCUUACCACCUCAACCCCCAUUGCUGGAGGUUGUCGCUAUGCCUAAAGAGAAGGGUGUCCGGGGCCCCAAAAGAAAGCGAGGGCCACCUAAGAGAGCCUCUGUGGUCACUCCCCCACCCAAAGACACUCCUUCCAACAUCAGUGAAACUGACAUCACUAGUGAUGUGCCUGUGGUGCCUCCUCAGUGCCCCACUAAAACAAAAGUUCUCCCACCACGCAAAGGCAGAGGACAGAAAUAUGAGGCCAUGGUGCAGAAAAUUACAUCUCCUAGCUCGAAGAAACACCUACCAAUUCCCCAGAUAGACAGCAAUCUAACUGAUGAUGUGACAACCAAGGCUUUGUCUCAACAUGUCUUAAAGGAAGGUGAGACGUCUAUGCUCAUAAAUAGCACUGAGAUGAUAGAGGGAGAAGUGAAAAGCAUAGAGUCUAGACAAGAAGGAGCAAAACAACAGAGAAAAGAGGAGAUGAUGCAAGAAAAAGAAAAGCAUGAGGUUAGUCAAAAGGAAUCAAUGCCAGAAGAGGUGAGACAAUGGGUGGAAGAAGAGAUUGUAAAUAAGGAGACACGACAGGAAAACAUUAAACCAGGCACAAAGCAGGAUGUUGGAGCUGACAAGGUUUGGAGCACAAUGGGAACCCCAGUAGAAGUCAGGGCUCCAGGAAAGUGGACACAACAGGCCUCAGAAGGUGUAUCUUCUGCUGCCACUAAGUCUGCAAGAACUAAAAGGAAGAGAUGGGCCAUGGUGGAGAGUACAGAUGCCUCAGUAGUAGCCUUGGAGGCUGGGAGCCUAAUAGUUACAACACCAAGGCUAGCCAAACAGAGGGCCAUUAAAAACAACCAUGAGAUGCACCUAAAGCAGAGGAGGAAGAAGAGAAAAGGCCAAGCCCCUCUAGAAGAAACAGAGACAGUCGAGGAGCCAAAUAUUGAAACAGCAGAACAACAACAGGAGAGGGUAGAAGAGAAGGUAACCCCCACAGAGUCCAUAGUACCUCUGCCAAUCAGCCCACAUGAGAUCACAAUAACCCCCCAGGUUACCAGCACAGAACUCAUCCAGAAACCUAGGAGAGGCAGAAAACCAUCAGCAAAUCCAACCAAGAGGAAACGAGGCAAAGUCUCAUCAGAGCAGAUUCCUGGCAAGCCACUGAAGGUCCACAAAAAGCCUGGGCCAAAACCUGGGAUGAAAGACGCCAUUGAGGUUAUUGAGGCAGUAGUAAGGGCUGCAGGAUGUGAACGGGCCGAAAAAGAGGAGAGAGAAAAAGAAGAAAGAGAAAGAGAAAAUAGGGAAAAACAGAAGACAUGUAUUGUGGGUCCGGUAGUGACAAUAUCAGAAAAACAGACUGAGACGAUUUCUGUGAAAAGAAUCAGGCGCAAACCAGUCCAUCAAAAUUCUAAACUGUCUUUCUGUCCUUAUGUACGGAUUAACAACUCCAGAGACUUUUCCUCUUGGUGUGCCAUAGUCAACAAGCCUGAGGAUGCAGUAAUAUUUCAGAGACGUAGAAAAAAGGGCAUACUCAGAAUGAGGAAUCCUUUCACAGUUGCAAAGGUAGUGCCACACACUGCUGCCAUGCUAAAGGGACCCUUGGUGAAUAAAAAUCUAAUUGACAGGUGUCUUACAUGUAGCCUGUGUGGAAAGCCAGCAAAUUACAGAGACCUGGGUGAUUUGUGUGGACCCUACUACACAGAGGAUGGCGUUCCGCGGAAAAUUUUGACAAUCAGGCACACAGAAUCCCUCAGGGAAGAGUCAGAGAAGACCAAUGACAACAACAGUAGCAGCACUGAAGAACCAGGCAACUCCUCAAAGAAUGAGGGCAAGGUCAGCACAGAAAAGGAGGGCAAUACAGAAGCAUCCACUCAAGAAGGCAGUAGUGGCAGGCACCAUCAUUGGCGCUACCGACGGGCAGAAAGAACCGAAAGAAUGGGUCAGGAGGGUGGUCCACGAAGAUUAACUCUCAGAGAGAGGUUCAGGAGGAUGAAGCAGCUCCAGGCCAUCAGCACAGGGGCCUCAAGUGACCAAGAGGGCAGUAACAGCAUGUUCCAAAGGCUACAAGUGGAGGCAGAGGCUAAGGAGCACUGGGCCCAUGAAAACUGUGCCAUCUGGACCAAGGGGGUAAUUAUGGUAGCUGGGAGGCUAUACGGACUGAAAGAGGCUGCCAACAACUCAGCCCAAACGGCUGCACAUUCCACGAGGAUGACUUCUCCAUCAAAUGUCCUAAACAUGAGGACGUGUAAGAUAUUCCAGCACACCACCUCCACCACCAACACCACCUCUCAGCAUCACCUAUCCAGCAAGGCAAACUAAAACGCUGUCCUAACAGCCACCUAUACCUAAAAACAUGGUGAUGACUGAUGACAGACAGGCACAUCGGCCAGUGGGGCUGGGGGAGGUUAAAAGGCUGUGCUGAGGUGGAGCUAGGAGCAAUACAAACCCUGGAGAAUGGCUCCGCAGAGAAUAGCUGCUCCCUGAACCCGGCCUGGAAAUGUGUUUUUCUCAACUGAGCCCCUUACUGGAAAGCAGAAGGCAGUGGCACUGUUUAACAGGAGGAUAGACUGCGCUUUAGAGACUGUGUGCCUAGGGUCCAGUGCACAGGGGGGCUGUUUGAAAUGCAGAACGAGCUAUGUGUGUGUGUGUGUGUGUGUUCUGCCUUCGGAUGGGUUGCUAUCAUAUUCAGACACCUGGCGGACACUGAUUGGACAGGAGCUUCCCUCUGGCCACCUUGUCUGUGGUCCAAGAGGUGUGUAUGCGUGUGCGUGAGUGUGUGUCUGUGCGCGUGUGUGUGAUAAUCAUAGAAUUGUCAGUCUACAGCCACAUCAUCUGUGUGUGUGCAUAUGUGUCUGUGUGAGUGAAGAAGUUCAUCUCCAAUUCAAGAUGUCAUGCAUCAAAAAAACAGCAGCCAACCACUGGGUGUACUAUCUCAAUGUGUGCGUUUGUGUUUAAAACAAGAUGAAACAAAAAAGGAAACUGUACAUGAUGAUGUGCUUUACAGGUUCUAAAUAUUCUGAUAUUGAAGAGUUAAGAAAAAAAUGGACGCAGUAUUUUAAUAUAACGCUCUUAUCUUCGGAGAUGUAUUUUGAUGUGCAUUAUGACUAUACGACAUCAUUGCGUCACCCUUGGUAUACGUCAGGCUUUGUGUUAUUCAAAAAUUAAAAAAGAAAAAUGAUAAAAAGAAAAAAAAAGAUAACUGUUUAAGAGUGUUACUCCAUUUCAACUGUGUGCACAUUCAGUAUGUACAGUAGACGCCACCAUCACUUGACAGGUUGCAGAUCAGGGCUCCAUUGGUCAAACUGGGAGUCAGGUCAUCUCACUUCAUAUCUAUGUACAGUUCAGAAGUAUUACUGUUAAACAUUGCCAUGAUGUAUGAUCAUUUCACCUACCACAGCAGUGCAGAAAGAUAUACAUUCAAUUCUAAUUUCAUAACACACCUGUCUGUUUGUGUAUCUCAAAUGUAGCUUCUUUCACUCUUCCAUGCUAUGUAACAAUGUCCUGUACAGGGCGACAGUUAAAGUACUGGUCAUAUCAAAAGGAGACAUAUUUAAGUAUUAGAGCAAAAAAUAAAAGUGCAAAAACGCCACACCAAACUUUCUCUUUUAUGAAGUUCAUUAUUUAAUGGUGUAUAUAAGUAAUUGAUGCUGUUUAAAUGUAAGAUGUGAUGUACUAAUAUAAUUGUGUAUAGUAUUUCCUAGAGAUGUUUAUUUUCUAUAAAAUGGAAUAUGUUAUUGCUUAUAAAAUGUUAUUAAAAGAAUCCAUUGAUGAAAAAAUAACGACCUUUUUUUGGGAAUGUCACUUGUCUUAAGUUGGAGCAUGCAGUUUUAUUGAUUUUCAUGUCUCUUUGUUUGGAAUCGAUGACACAGCAUCACAUUGUUUGAAAUGUUUUUUGUAACGCCAAUGUUAAAUAUACCAGCACCUUUCAAUGCUGCUAUGACCAA